CCCACUUCGCCCGCCCUCAAACUUCGCCCGUGAGAGCCAUCUUGUGAGUGACUCCGGACAUCUGCCUCGCCGAUGACACGAGACGUUCUUGACCUUCCGGAAUCAUAAAGACUGAAACGGACAAUCUUGAAAGGAGUCGCGACUAGCGAGACUGUACACUGUAGAUGGUGCAUGCAGCAUGCACCUGUGUGUCCCAAAUAGCACCACUCACACUCACUGGCCUUCAGAGUCUCAGACUGCUCAAAUCUCCAUUUGCCAGCGUGGCAGCGCAGCGCUUCCUCAGAGCGAGCCUUCUCGGCGGGACGUCUUCUGCUUCCGCAUGUUCGAAACAGAAUGAAAGGCGAUUCCCUGGCGAUGCUCAUGUGCCUUGGAAAUUGGUCUAAACAAGGUAUUCUGAAGCAAGGUUGGAGAUCCAAAAAACGAUAGAGCAUAUCAAGUUAUCAACCACUAUUAUAUCAAUCAAUCUUCGUCGUCGAAAGUGUUGUCCGUUGUGUCAUCUCGUGAAUUGCUCCUAAGCCCGGGCAGACGGG